UGUACUUGAAUAACCAAUUUACACUAAAAUGUCACACCUCAGCCUUUUGCAUUCCAGCGAGGAUCUGACUUCUCGCGGGAUCCUCCCGAUGAAAUAUCGCGGAGGCAAAUCUAAGAAAGGUGGAGACUUCGGGAUAACUUCCUGCACAGUACUCAAGAAUCAUACCUCAUACUUAAACAACAGGCCGUCAUCAAAAACCAAGUCGAAUGGAUUAGUAGCGCAAACAAACUCGCUAACAAGCACUUCACCGACACGAUUCCACGCACAAGUAGGAUUUGCCGCUAGCAUCCAGCCUUGCUAGCUAACAUCAGCUACCAGGACGGCAGAUUGUACACAUCAGAUCAAGACGGUCUCGUAUCGAAGGACAGUAUGGUUGAGGUGGUGGUGGAGUUUGAGUAUGAAGCCGUCCACGAAGAUGAGUUGACCCUCAGACUUGGAGAUGUGAUCAGAAACGUGCGACGAAUCGAAGAGGAGGGAUGGAUGGAAGGAGACCUCAACGGGAAACGAGGCCUUUUCCCAGACAACUUCGUAAAGGAGGUGAAAAAAGAUGAGCCAAAGUCCAAAGAGGAGCCAAAAGAGGCUAAGGAGAUAAAGGAUGAGACUCCGAUACAGCGGCGAGCAUCAGGGAAUGUGGCCAGUCUGGUGCAGAGGAUCAGUACCUACGGCAUCCCAGCAGGAGGGAUCGGCUUACAACCUCAUUCUCAGCCCCGUGCCUCAAAAAAGAAGCCCAAGAAGCGUCAGUGCAAAGCCCUGUUUGAAUAUGUGCCUCAGAAUGAAGACGAGCUGGAACUGAAAAUUGGAGAUAUCAUUGAAAUAACUGAGGAGGUUGAGGAGGGCUGGUGGAACGGAAGCAUGAAUGGGAAGUCUGGACUCUUUCCUUCAAACUUUGUCAAAGAAAUAGAAUCAACUGAAGACACAGAGAGCAGCGAUGUAACAGAUGAACCAGAUAACAGAGAUGGAGCUUCUAGCCCUACAUCCCCUCACCCGGGCAAUGGGGUCAUGGCCCAACCGAAGAAGAUCAAGGGCAUCGGCUUUGGUGAUAUAUUCAGGGAGGGAUCUGUAAAACUCAGAGUCUCUCAAAGACUACCGUCUGAAAAUGAGGAAAAGAAAGAAAAACCAAUUCCAUCAUUACCAUCAGCCACAAAACCCACCCCUUUGAGCACUCCUGAACCCCCUAAAGGAGAAAAAGAGGCAGAGAGCAAAGGAAAAGUAAAAGAAUACUACAAGGCCAUAUUCCCCUAUGAAGCAACUAACCAAGAUGAACUGGAUUUAAAGGAGGGUGACAUCAUCCACGUACUGAGCAAGGACACAGGAGAGCCGGGCUGGUGGAGAGGAGAGGUCAAUGGCAAGAAUGGAGUUUUCCCAGACAACUUUGUAACUCUGCUUCCUGAGGCAGACAAAGAGACACUCGCAUCCAAAGGCUCCGUUAAAGCGUCUUCUAAACAAGAACCAGAGGAGAAGCCAAAGAAGCCCCCGCCACCAUCCAAAACCCCAGUCCUGAAACCAGAGGCCAGCGUGGACAAGAAACAACCGCAGCCACGGCCUGAAGAUAAAGUUGUGAAGCCCUUGCCAGAGAAACCUGCCAAACCUGCUGGCCCCAUCGUGCCCCCGAAAAAACCUGUGCCUCCAAACAAGGGACUGCUGCGUCCUUCCAUCCACACAAAACGACCUGACCUGCCUCUCGCUCCAUCACCAGCCGCCAAGCAAGUGCAAAAUGGAGAAGUUCCCAUUACACGAACAAAACCAGAGAACGAACCUGUACCCAUUAAGCCAAAAAACGUUGUGGACAGCGGUGAGAAGAAUUUAGAAAUAGUUAAUCUCAUGAGUUUUGAUGAUGUCUCCUCUUCCUCUGAGAAGUUAACCCACCCUACCGCGCAGCGACCAAAGAUGCCUGGCAAAAGACCGCCUGGACUCAGAGGCCACUCUCCAAGCAAGGAGAUUGCUGAGAAAGCUGAGAAAAUCGAGAAAGUGGAGGAAGUUGAUGUUGCACCUUCCACACAGAAUUCGUUUAAGACGUCUGUCUCAUCACCUUUACCAUCUACAGUACCUAAAACAGUUUUGGCAACCCCUGAGCUCAAACCAAAACCUGACAGGGAAGAAGAGAAAGGAUCUGAAGUGGAGGAUCUUAAGGCUCAGAUGAAGGAGCUAGUGCUGUCCAUAGAGUUGCUGAAGACACAACAGUCGAGAGAGCUCAAUGAACUCCGAAGAGAGCUGGAUGAAGAACGAAUGAAACGGGUGGCCCUGCAGUUGGAGAUAGAAAAACUGAAGAAGGUCGUACAGUCGACAUGAAAUGAAAUCUGGCAUCCUGAACCGGGCCGAUGGCUGCGCUGUCGCAUCACGAGUGGAAAGUGACCUCCAUGUGAGGAGACUGAUAUCAUUCACAUCAUCCUUACACUCACUGACUUACUCCACAAAUUGUAAGAUUCAAAUAUUUGCACAUGAGGUUUUUUCUAGGUUUAGAAAAGUGUAAUUAUGACAGAUGUAUAUGUUUGUUUUCCUCUUCUUCUUUUUUUCUUUUUUUUUGCCAACAAAAAAAAUGUUUGAGGCCUUACUUUACUACUGUGCUGGAUAUGCAGUCUAUGCACUUACAGUGCUGUGGAUUAUGCAUUCAAUACUACUGAGUCUGUAUAAAUGUUGGGGGAUAAUGUUGUUUCCUUGGUUUUUUUUUUUAUGACAUGGGUUAGUUUUUAAAGAAACUAUUAUGAUCUCAGCAAUAUUCUGUCUAUAUUAGCCUCUUUAGAUGAUUAUCAAAUGUAUGGCAUAUUCUUGUUUCCAUAGUGAUGAUGUAUUCUGUUUGUUUGUUAAAAAGGGAGAACAUUUCUUUUUGUUUUUCUCUAACAUUCCUAUCCAGGGUAACACUAUUGUGCCUGUUCAAAUUUUUUACAAAUGUUAAUACUGGGAGCUCUCAUAUUACAUAAAUAUAUAUAUAUAUAUAUAAAUAUAGAUAUAUAUAUGUGUAUACUUAGAUCUACAGCAUGGUAUAUUUUUAUGGUCUAUUGAUUGUGACAUAAAAAAAGGACUGGGUUUGUGUAUCUGUUUUUGUGUAUCACACUUCCCUAAGAAAGACAAACUGGCUUCAACAAGCAGUGCCAUUUCACCAUACGAAUGGCAAGAAAUACAUUUUGCAUUUUAAGCUGGUUUUCCUCCCUGAACAUACACAAAUGAAACACACUGAAAUUGCAAUGAUCGGUUUGGCUUUUUCUACGUGUGUAUCUUUCUGACAAUGCUGUUUCUGCAUGCCUGGUUGACUAGUUUAAACAUCUGGCACAACUAAAUAGAAAUAAUGUACUUGUGUCUGAUACAGAGGGAAAUAUUUUUGUCAGCACAAUGUCAAAAAUGGUAGCAAUACUCUGCCUCAUGUCAACCAGAAGUGAUGCAUCGGCAUCGGCUGUCCUGUGGAAGCACUGCUGACCAAAAUUGAUCUUUUAUCAGUUGGUUCUGAUCUUCGAAACAUGCAGUAAAUGAUACGCUCUCGGCUACGCUGAUGUGUGUCCAUACCUCAGGCCUCUUUUAACGCUUAAGCUGAAAAUACAUUUUUAAGGCAUUCCUGGCCAGGGAUUGAUUGUUUGUCUCUGUGUGAGAGCGAGGUUGCUGAUGCGGGAGGAUGACAGGUUGACCCCUAAAGCAAUAAACAGAUGCGUCUUUUUGCUUUCCAUUUUUAAAUGUCGGAUGCAUAUGUUCACAUUCCUUUGCAGCAUAUUUAAACGAUCUCCCAUGAAAGUACAUGGACAUUUCUGUUGUCUGAAAUUGGGUAGAACACAUUCCAUUGUAUUGUUUUAUUGUCUUAAGAUCCGUUGUGCACAUUCGGCGUCUAUCAAACUGAUCUUGUUUACAUGAUUACAAACUGAAUUGCAUGAGCUGAGAUUUUUUUUCUCCCCCCAAACUAAAUAAAUAUCAUGUUUAUUUACAGAGA